AUGUUUGAUUUAUUUAAUUUAAUUUUGUUUAACUUUAGUAAAUUUUUUUCCUUUUUUCACUCCACUGGGGUUAUUAAAUACUUAGAGAUUUUUUAUUUUUAUCAAAUAAUUUAUGAACUCAUUAAACAAAACAAAACAAAGUUAAAAAAACUCAAUAGAUUUGCUAAUAAGAUGCAAAGCAGCUAGGAAGGCAAUUUUUCUCAUUUUAGAAGCUUUCAUCAACUGCUUAUAAAUAAAUUAUAAAUCAAUAUUAAAAAUGUUAAAGUUUUAUGUUAUUUUGUAGUAAAAAAAUUGAAUAGUUUGUGUUAAGCUGAUAUAAGUCUUUAUGCAUGA